GUGCAACCCACUCAGUCUGCAGGACGUCGUGGCAGAUGCGGUUGCUUUGUGUUUCCCGUCCGACACUGCGUGUGCGUGUCUCUCCUCAGGCGUGUGCGUGUCAUCCUCUGCGUUCUGCAAAUUUCAACACUUUCUCCGCAACGGUGCAACCGAAGGAGAAUUACGAGAAGUCGCACACACGCACACACCGCAAAGAAGAGGGGUGCUGUCACGGAGAAACACCUUAACGGCAAGAGGGAGAGAGCGGGCAGAUGGAACCUAUCUAUUUGAAACAUCCAACGGACAGCGAAAACCAAAAAAGAAGGAGAUCCUGGUGUAUACAUGAUUCAUAGCAAAAAAGAAGAAUUUACAUAAAAGAAUGAAGGGAUGCAUUUUUUUCUUUGGGCCAGGGGCUCUAACGGAAAGGGCAUCACACACGUUCCUAUGAAGUCUGGAGAGAAAUACAAGUGCUGCCCUUUUUGCACUAUUCGGCAGAGGCGCGCCGAAGUAACUUCUUAUCUUACCUUUGCCUUGAGACGGUGACCUCUCACUUUCAGCAGAUGAUGGAUCUUCAAGUCACGGAGGCCCCGGCAGCAACAAUACAUUACUCUGCCAUACGCUGUUUUCUCUCUUUCUCUAUUUGCCUUCUCUUCGAUGCUCUCUCUGGCAUGAACCCAUCUCCACCUCCGCGACACAACAACCUGCGAGGAUGAAAAAAGGAAUAUUUCAAAAAUAUAGCGCAGAUGUCAGAAGCAAAUCCACAAACGGGAUACCCCGAGUCUCUCACGGCGGAGCAGAAAGCGCUGCUGGCGCAGUUCGAGCUGCGAGCUAUCUCCGCAUCGGAUGACACCUCCGUCAUCGUGGUCGGACACCCGUCCAUGCGCUACACCGAGGGAGCUAGUUCCAGUUCGAGCUCCAGGACAAGCAGCGCGCACUCUCACCAUGCAGAACGGGACUCUGCUCCUCUCAACGCGACAGCAAACGACACAGUUCAAUCUUAUCUUGUCAGCGUCACCCAAGAUGCUUUACCGACUCCCAGUUCUGCACUCUCUACGUCGCCACCUCAAGACAAGCCAGAAACCAAGCUGUUGAUGACGGAAGAAGAGCAGCUGUUCCAAGGCACAGAGAAGGGCGACAUCGCUUCUGGCAGUUCUGGUGAGAAAACAUGUGAUGAUUACGUUGUAAGUAUUACGCCGCUUCUCCACCAUGGCAAAGACUCGACCAACUCCUCGAGAUCUAAGCUGUCUGCUGAGAAUUGCGAGAAGUGGAAAGCUCUCGCGCUUAGAAUGACCACGACCGACGUGGAUGCGACGAGUAACAGAGGUAUUGAUGAACACUGCCAAGCACUGGCGGACCGCCUGGUGCGUCUGUCUUCUGCGGUGGAUGCCGCUGAGUUUGCCAUGGAUCACAAUGUGCCGCCGCCCUCCGAGUUUUUUUAG